AGGAUCUGCAUUUGUAUCGGCUUUCAACAUUGCAGCAAAUGUCAGUAUGGGCUCUAAAUGUGCAAAUUGAAAUUGUUGCGUCCAAUAAAAGAAAAGGAAGGGUUGCCAUGCUUUUCAUUGGGAGAGGUGGUUAGGUGUUCAAUAUUCAAAAGGGGGUUUUGCACCUAACAAACGUGGGUCGCAGAUAGGUUGUGUGUGAGUCGAAGGGUUAACAAUCCCAUGUGAACAUCAGCCUAAAUUAGGAUCGGUGAAGUGUCCGCUUGUCGUAGCAUACCAGCUUAAAAAAUCAUGUUUGAGGGUUAGCUACGGUGUAAUUCACCUGCCAAUGAACUGCUUUGCAGAGCUCAGUGACUGAUGAAAAACCACCAGCUCGCUCAUAGAUCAUUUUAGAUCCCCAGCCAGGCAGUGGAGAGAAAUAUGCGUGGUCACUUUAGCGCAGGCAUGUUCAGAUCAUUAGACUUAUAUCAGGGUUAAAUAAUAAUAUGCCUUCCUAGUUUCUCGUUGUCUGGGCUGUAAUUUAAGAGACUUGUGGUAACUUAACCACCUCUUGGGCUUGAGAAACGUGCUAGAUAUGCAAGGUCCUUGCACGGGACAUUAGAAGUUGGUUUUACCGAUUUUUAAAAGUAGCCCGUUUUUCUUAUUCAUUUGAGGAAAGGGGCUUAUUUGGGUUUAGUUUGUCUAUUUUGUCAUUCAUUAAACCAUUUUAUAGAUAACUUAGUUUAUAUUGCGCCUGAAAAAGGCAGUCUAGAUUUAAUUGUGUGACACAUUCAACAAUCAGGGAGCUAGUUUAUAUUCCUUCCCAUUUUUAUUGCAUCUUCACACAGACUUUAUGAAACGGCCUGAGAGGUUCAGUCUCAGUAGGUCUUAUCUGAAGCCUGCAUGUAGACAUAGCUCUUUGUACAAAGUUGUUGUGUAAAUAUAUUUUUAUUUUACACUCUGUAAAAUAGAAAUAUGUUAUCAAGAAAAAUUGUGUACCACGAUACCACAGGCCCAUACUAACUGUCCUUAAUUUCUCUCCUACAGCAGUACUGCUAUGCCAGUCCUGUACUGCACUCUGUUAAGGGUGCAGCAACUCAUCCUGUGUAGGUUAUGGGGAUCACAGAGAAAUGUGCACUUGGUCAGUUUGGUCAGGGUCCACUGGCUACUUGUUUUGGGGAAUCAGAUGCAGCAAGCCACCACAAACCUCAACCCCCAAGAGCCUCUUAGUUUUUUCUAAUUUGACUUAUAAUUUUUCUGCAAAUUUAGGUAACAUUUCCCAUGCAUUCAUGAUGGAAAAGUAUUGCCCAAAUAUUUACCUACAUAUUUUAUGAGCUACUUUAGACCUGAAAAGGAAGUCAAGAUUUAAAUGUACAAUGCUGCAUUUUUUUAUAUUUGAAUGUCAGAGUAGACUCUCAUAUUUUGUAAUGUUAUUCCUAGAUGUAGCCUCAACAUCUUGACUUCAUUUUUAUAUGCUAGUACACACAUUCUGGACCCGGCCCCCUAUAUGCAGCGUUUUUAUUUUUUGGUUAAGCCCCAAGAAGAUACUUUUGUUUUUUUGAGUGCCAUAAAUCAUUGCAACACAGGUGGUAUACUGUUGUGUGUGAGUUCAAACCCUUUUCCAAAGUGUUACUAAUGGUAAAGAGAAAUUUUCUAGGCUUCUUUUCUGCCGGUUGAAGUCUGACUGCAGAAGGACCCUUGGCAUUGAAAGUGGGGCAAAACGCCGGACCCCAAGCUGCAAGUCAGGUCGUAUGUGGACGUCAUGUUGGAGCAGAACCUCUCCAAAGAGGAGAGAGAGAUUCGUCAGCAGAUGGUAGAGAAGGCCAAAUCCGGGGAGCUGAAAGUGGUCAACGGGUCCGCUGCAUCACAAGCUGCUGCUGCCGCCGCCGCAAAACGUAAACGCCGUUGGGACCAGACAGCUGACCAAACCCCCACAAAUACUACACCCAAAAAGGUGUCCAGCUGGGACCAGGCAGACAACUCUGCUGAGACUCCAGGUCACACACCGGGACACACCCCUGCACACACACCUUCAAACAGCCGAUGGGAUGAAACCCCCGGCCGCCCCAAGGGCAGCGACACCCCAGGGGCCACUCCCAGUACCCGCAUGUGGGACCCAACUCCCAGCCACACCCCCGCCGGCGCUGCCACCCCGGGCAGGGGAGACACACCAGGCCACGCCACCCCCGGCCACGGUGGAGCCACGGGAAGUGUACGAAAGAACCGCUGGGACGAAACCCCAAAGACAGAGAGGGAGACCCCGGGACACGGGAGCGGCUGGGCUGAGACCCCGCGCACAGACAGAGGAGACGAGUCGGUGGGCGAGACUCCGACCCCAGGGGCGAGUAAGAGGAAGUCUCGGUGGGACGAAACCCCCGCCAGUCAGAUGGGAUCCUCAACACCAACUUUCACCCCGGGAAAAACUCCCAUCGGAACGCCAGCUAUGAACAUGGCUACCCCGACACCAGGUCACCUGAUGAGCAUGACUCCAGAGCAGCUGCAGGCGUGGAGGUGGGAGCGUGAGAUUGAUGAGAGGAAUCGCCCUCUCACAGACGAUGAGCUCGAUGCCAUGUUCCCAGAGGGAUACAAGGUCUUGCCUCCUCCAGCAGGGUACGUGCCGAUCCGUACUCCAGCCCGUAAACUGUCCGCCACACCGACCCCCAUCGGCGGCAUGACAGGCUUCCACAUGCAGGUGGAGGACCGCACCACCAAACAGAUGAACGACCAGCCCUCAGGCAACCUGCCCUUCCUGAAACCUGACGACAUCCAGUACUUUGACAAACUGCUGGUGGAGGUCGAUGAGUCCACGCUGAGUCCCGAGGAGCAGAAAGAGAGGAAGAUCAUGAAGCUGCUGCUGAAGAUUAAAAAUGGAACACCGCCUAUGAGAAAGGCUGCUCUUCGCCAGAUCACAGAUAAAGCUCGUGAGUUUGGAGCAGGUCCUCUGUUCAAUCAGAUCCUGCCGCUCCUCAUGUCCCCCACCCUGGAGGACCAGGAGCGCCAUCUGCUGGUCAAAGUCAUCGACCGCAUCCUCUACAAACUGGAUGACCUGGUUCGACCAUACGUACACAAGAUCCUGGUGGUGAUUGAGCCUCUGCUGAUUGAUGAAGACUAUUAUGCCAGAGUAGAAGGCAGAGAAAUUAUCUCCAACUUGGCAAAGGCUGCCGGUCUGGCUACCAUGAUCUCCACGAUGAGACCCGAUAUCGACAACAUGGACGAGUAUGUCAGAAACACGACAGCCCGAGCCUUCGCCGUGGUGGCCUCUGCUCUCGGUAUUCCCUCCCUCCUGCCUUUCCUCAAAGCUGUGUGUAAGAGCAAGAAGUCGUGGCAGGCCAGACACACAGGCAUCAAGAUCGUGCAGCAGAUCGCCAUCCUCAUGGGCUGCGCCAUCCUACCCCACCUGCGCAGCUUGGUGGAGAUCAUCGAACACGGUCUGGUGGACGAGCAGCAGAAGGUCAGGACCAUCAGCGCUCUGGCUAUCGCUGCCCUCGCUGAAGCCGCCACACCCUACGGUAUCGAGUCCUUUGAUUCUGUCCUCAAGCCCCUCUGGAAGGGUAUCAGACAGCACAGAGGAAAGGGUCUGGCUGCUUUCCUCAAAGCUAUCGGUUACCUGAUCCCUCUGAUGGACGCCGAGUACGCAAACUACUACACCAGAGAGGUGAUGCUGAUCCUCAUCAGAGAGUUCCAGUCCCCUGACGAGGAGAUGAAGAAGAUUGUACUCAAGGUGGUGAAGCAGUGUUGUGGCACUGAUGGUGUGGAGGCAAACUACAUCAAGACUGAGAUUCUGCCGCCGUUCUUCAAACACUUCUGGCAGCACAGGAUGGCUCUGGACAGACGCAACUACAGACAGUUGGUGGACACCACGGUGGAGCUGGCCAACAAAGUGGGAGCAGCAGAGAUCAUUUCCCGCAUCGUUGAUGACCUGAAGGACGAGGCGGAGCAGUACAGGAAGAUGGUGAUGGAGACCAUCGAGAAGAUCAUGGGCAACCUGGGUGCCGCUGACAUCGACCACAAGCUGGAGGAGCAGCUGAUCGACGGCAUCCUUUACGCCUUCCAGGAACAGACCACCGAGGACUCUGUGAUGCUGAACGGCUUCGGCACCGUGGUGAACGCCCUCGGGAAGCGAGUGAAGCCCUACCUGCCUCAGAUCUGCGGUACGGUGCUGUGGCGUCUCAACAACAAGUCGGCUAAAGUCCGUCAGCAGGCUGCAGACCUGAUCUCACGCACAGCCGUCGUCAUGAAGACCUGCCAGGAGGAGAAGCUGAUGGGUCACUUGGGGGUUGUGCUGUACGAGUACCUGGGAGAGGAAUACCCCGAGGUGCUGGGUAGCAUCCUGGGAGCUCUGAAGGCCAUCGUUAACGUCAUCGGAAUGCACAAGAUGACUCCACCAAUCAAAGACCUGCUUCCUCGUCUGACUCCCAUCCUGAAGAACAGACACGAGAAGGUGCAGGAGAACUGCAUCGACCUGGUGGGCAGGAUCGCCGACAGGGGUGCUGAGUACGUGUCAGCCAGGGAGUGGAUGAGGAUUUGCUUUGAGCUGCUGGAGCUGCUGAAGGCUCACAAGAAAGCCAUCCGCAGAGCCACCGUCAACACGUUCGGCUACAUCGCCAAAGCUAUCGGCCCUCACGAUGUGUUGGCCACUCUGCUGAACAACCUGAAGGUGCAGGAGCGUCAGAACAGAGUCUGCACGACGGUGGCCAUCGCCAUCGUGGCUGAGACCUGCUCCCCGUUCACCGUUCUGCCGGCGCUCAUGAACGAGUACCGUGUGCCAGAGCUCAACGUGCAGAACGGCGUCCUGAAGUCUCUCUCCUUCCUGUUCGAGUACAUCGGAGAGAUGGGUAAAGAUUACAUCUACGCCGUCACCCCGCUGUUGGAGGACGCUCUCAUGGACAGAGAUCUGGUCCACAGACAGACGGCGAGUGCGGUGGUGCAGCACAUGUCUCUGGGCGUCUACGGGUUCGGCUGUGAGGAUUCCCUGAACCACCUCCUGAACUACGUGUGGCCCAACGUGUUCGAGACGUCGCCUCACGUCAUCCAGGCCGUGAUGGGGGCCCUCGAGGGUCUCCGGGUCGCCAUCGGGCCCUGCCGCAUGCUGCAGUACUGCUUACAGGGUUUGUUCCACCCGGCCAGGAAGGUGCGAGACGUCUACUGGAAGAUCUACAACUCCAUCUACAUCGGUUCGCAGGACGCCCUCAUCGCCCACUUCCCACAGGUCUACAACGACGAGAAGAACAUGUACGUCCGCUACGAGCUGGACUACGCCUUGUAAAUAAAUAAAUCAAAUACUCUGCUUCCCCUCCGCCCCUCCUCCUCCCCCCCCCUCCACUGUCCAAUAUCGUCUGUACUCUCGGUCCAGGACUGAGUCGGUUUUUAUUAAGCAACUGUCAUAUUCCCCAACAUGCAGCCUCUGCUUCAUGCAAACUUUCUUCAUCCUGAUUUGAAAAACUAGCAUGAAGUUAGGAGAAAUAAAAGGAACAUUGUAGAGUCUGAAUGUAUUGUUUUUUUUGCUAUUUUUUUGACUGUUCCUUGUGAGGAAUGGCCGAGGUCGGACGAGCCUUGAUGUGAAGAAUACAGAGAAGUUAUCACGAUGUUUUAAAUAUUUCAAUUUGUUUCGUUAGUGUGUAAUUAAAGGCCUCUGUACCGCCUGCUGUCUUUACACACACCUCUCUCCUCGUUUCACAACUCUGUUCUUACUAGAUUGUUGCUUUAUUUAACCGAAUAAAAUGUUUGUGUAUAAAACUCCA